AAUGGAGGGGAAAAACACAGUUGCUGAGCAGAAUGAACCAGAUAAAGAAGACAUGACAUUUAAAGAGGAAAAGCCAGCAGAAAAAGAUCAAAAUUAUGUAAAGGAGACAAAGAAUUUAGAUGACUAUAAAGCAUUUAUUUAUGAGGCAGUAGAAGAAACAAUAACAACUGGAGAGCAUCCAGACUCAAUGGAAAAUUUAAUAAAUAUAAAUCAGGAGACAGACAAUUAUAAAGACAAUGCAUUGAAAGAGAAAAAAACAGACAGUGGCAUAGCAGGAGAGAAGAUAGAUGACAACAAGGCCACAAUGCCAGAGGAGGACUAUGUGGUGGAAAGCACUAAAAAUGAAAACAUUCAGAAUGAGGAUGAAGAGAUGACCAGUCUUGUUUGGGAGAAAGCUAUCCUGGAAAUCGAGGAAGAGGAGCCACCAGUCUCUACAGAGAAAAGUCUCAGACGAAGAACAGUAACAAUUCAGUCUCCUCUGAGAAAUAAAUCUAUACAUGUACAAAAUGAGGAGUCAGAGUUAGAUGUUGAAACACAGGAAAGUCACACAGAGGAGAUCAAGGAUAAAGCUGAAACAGUCCCAAUUACAGAAAAGGGAGUUGAAGACAUAUAUCAAGAAGUCAACAAGAUAGACAAUGUCAGGAAGAAGAUUUAACUGAGACAAAGGAAACAGAUGAGGAGGAUGAGGAGGCUUUAGAGAUGGGAAGAGAAGAAGCCAAUUUAGAGCAACAGGAAAGUGAGCCAUUAGUUGAGAAUAAGAAAGAAAUUUCUGUGAAAAAAAUAUAAAUUGAGAUGGACGAAGCCACAAAGGUUAGCAAGGAUCAAACACAUGUUUUAAAAGAGAUCCCCAUUCAAGUAGAGGAGAAGGUGUCACAGAUAGAAAGCUCUGAGGCUAAUCAAAAUAAGACUGAAAGGGUCACAAGGAGAAGCCUCAGGCUCAGUGCAACACCAGUAAUAUCUUCGCCAAGAAGAACAUCUCAACAUCUAAAUGCACAAAAAUUGGAGCCAGUGGAAGAUGCAGACAUGAGAGAAAAUGAACAUGAUAAAAUCACAGCAACAACAGAAGAGACUGUGAAUAUCAUAAUGCCCAUUAUUCCAAUAGAGACAAAUUUGAAAAUUCUUGAUGUAAUUGAGGAAAAACAGCUGUUGAUCCUGAGAGUUCUGAACUGCUGAAAGGUGCGGAAAUUGAUGAUGAAGAGAAAGUACUACAAAUUGUAGGUGCUACUGAGGAAGAGGUCCAAAUUGUAGAAACAUAGCCUAUUAAGGGUUUAGAGAAAGAGGAGGACAGCACUCCUGUAAUCAAACUGCAAAAUGCCAAAGUAAUGCUUUGGGAUGUUAAUAAAUUUUCCCAAAAAACAGAAGAGAAUAGUGAUACUGCAGAUGAUCAAGUGCAUUCUCAGAAAGAAGAAGAACUGGAACUGUAUAAAUCAGCUAAUAGCGAAAAUCAAUGAAAGACAGACCAAAUAUAAUUAAGGAGACAGACAAUAAUCAAGAUACUGUUUUAAAAGAGAAGCAAAUGGACAUUGACUUAGCAGGGGAGAAGAUAGUGGACAAUAAGGCCAAAAUGCCAGAGGAGAAAAUUGUGGUGGUAAGCACUAAAAAUGAAAACGUUCAGAAAGAUGGUGAAGAUAUGACCAGCCUUGCUCAGGACAAAAAUGUCCAGGAAGAGGAGGCACCAGUCUACACAGAGAGAAGUCUCAGAUGCAGAACAGUAAGAGUUCAUUCUACACCGAGAAGAAAAUCUAAACGUGUACAAAUACAGGAGUCUGAGGCAGAUUUUGAAACACAGGAAAUCCAGAAAGUGGAGAGCAAGAAUAAAGCUGAAAUGGUCCCAAAAACCAAAAUGGGAGUUAAAGAAAUGGAUCAAGAAGUCAACAAGAUGGAAAACAAGAAAUCAAAUUUCAUUGAGACAAAAGAAGCAGAUGAGGAGGAGGUGGCUCUUGAGAUGAAAAGAGAAGAAUCUAAUAUAGAGCUACAGGAAAACGAGUCAUUAAAUUAUUCUGAAAAUGAAAUUCAAGUGGAAAUUCCUGUAGAGGGAGUUCAAGAUAAAGAAAAAGUGCAAAAAAGAACAGUAGAAGAGGGUUCCAUUAAACAAGAAUCAGUGUCACAGGAGGAAAACUUAGGGGAAACCAAUCAGAAUGUAUGUGAAGCACCAGCUGCUAUAGAAAGCACAGAUGAAAACGCACCUCUUACUACAAGAAAAAGUCUCAGAGAUAGAACAGUAACAGUCAAAUCUACACCAAGAAGAACAUUUAAAUGGCACCACAGUCAAGAGGUGGAACCUGAGAUAGAAGCGAUGAAUAACAGAUGUGGAAAUGAAAAAAACUCAUCAAUGGAGGAAACAGCUGACAUCUUAAGUGUUCAUACAGAGGAAAAUAAGCCACUGAAUGCUGAAUUUGAAAAUUUGGAGGCAAAAGAGGGAGAAGGUAUAAUUCAGUUUUAUACCGAUGAAAAGGCAGUGACAAAUGAUAACGUUGAGGAGGAAGUUAAUGAAAUCCUGGUUGAGAGCAUGAAACAGAACCGUCCAAUUCAGAAGGAGACACAAGGAGAAAAUCAUGAAGAAGAAUUAGGGAAUGCACAGAAAGACACAAAGCAGAACAAGGCUCAAGUGGAAAAUCUGGACAUAGAAGAUGUGCAGAAACCCAAGAAACAGGAGGAGGAGGAGUCCAAUGUUUAGGAGGAAGAAACACAAUUUCAAGAGUCUCCAUCAGUCACAGAAGGUAUGAAAGA